GCGGCAACGGUGUCAACUGUGUUGCUCUACAAUGUCCGGCUCUAACGGCCCCAGCUAACGGAGCUCUGAGUCCUCCCGGACCUUACUACAACCAACACGCGGUAGGGUUUAUUUGCAACCCUGGGUACGUGUUGAACGGGACCUAUACUGCAACGUGCCAAGCUAAAAGGAACAACUUAAUAUGGAGUGACCCGGUCCCAACCUGCACAGCGUUGCCUGCGCCGGCCCUGCCACCACCUGGAGCUUUACCUCCUGGAUUGCCGUUGACAAACCAGAGGGUGUUUAUCCCCUGUAACCAGACUAGUGACCUGGGCCUCGCACAGAGACGCCAACUGGAGACAAACUUCCGGGAAAAGUUGUUCACCCUAUUUGGGGUAACUGCGACAAACGUCAUCGUUACUAACUUUGGAAUUGAUUUUCAGCUGCUCGUAACGGAGCAGGACAAAUUCCAGACGCAAUUUGCCAGUCAACUACUCUAUUCUACAUUUACUGUGGGAGAUGAUGUCAACCCUGGCCUGUUUCACCUCCGUGAUCCAACAGACUACACUGAUAUGGUUGUAACGUUAGAGUUCAGUGGUGUUGACUUCGGGAACUUGGCCAGCCAACAUUCCUUCCCAGUGACUCAGCUCCCUUCAGCGCUUCGAGAAACACUGAGAAAUGCCGGCAUCUCUUCGCCUUGUGUGGACUCAAUCAGAGUAUUGCACAUGGGGCAGAAUAUCAUCACGUUCUCCAUGUCGAAAGACCCAGACAGCACGACCAAUCUCACGGAACAAGUCAAGAAACUUGAGGCAGUCCCAACACAAUGGAGCACUGCAGCUAAAUCUCGACUCGGCGCUCCCUUGCACCGGCGUCGAUUACGAUGGAACCUUUGACAGCAUCUGCCCACCAGUAGGCUGUCCAUGUACACCAGAAGACACCAUUUCCAUGGAGGCGCCGACUGCCAGUACAGGAAUGUCCACCUCUACCCAGGUCGGGCUGGCAGUCGGCAUCCCUGUAGCCCUGGCCGCGCUGGCAGCACUACUGGCCCUGCUAAUAUUCUUCCUAAAGAAGAAGAAGAAGGGAGGGUACCGGCCUCCCACAGCCAAGCCGCGAAGGAGUGUCGUCUCCCCUGCAGUGGAGUCGUUUGAGAGAAACAUCUACACCGCUUCCAUGGACGACGCGUUCAGCCACGAGUUCGGCAAGAAGGGCGCCCAGCUGAACCGGUUCCGGGACCCAGACGCCGUGUACGGGCGGCUGUCCACAGCGUACACCCGGCCGCCCAGCACGGCCAGCUCCACGGCAACUAGGAACAGCUGGGUGUCAGGACCUGAUUUCUACUAGACGUCGUCCCACAAGGCAACAAUGCA